GUGGCAAUCGUGUAAGCCAUAUUUGUCAGUGGGUUCGCUGGUUCCGUUCUGUGUUGUGCACAAUUUAAAGAUCGUUCCGACCUGUAAAUACUCCCCCGAAUAUUAAAGAUGCCCUCCGAAUUAACCGAGCAAAGUCCCGUUUACGGACCCUUUUUUGGCGUGAUGGGGGCAGCCUCUGCCAUCAUAUUCAGCGCCCUCGGUGCGGCCUACGGAACCGCCAAAUCCGGUACCGGGAUCGCCGCCAUGUCGGUGAUGCGACCGGAACUGAUCAUGAAAUGCAUUAUUCCGGUGGUCAUGGCCGGUAUCAUCGCCAUUUACGGACUGGUCAUAGCGAUCCUUAUCGCCGGUAAUAUUGCGCAACCGCCCGAAUACACCCUCUACAAAGGUUUCUUGCAUUUGGGCGCCGGCCUCGCCGUCGGUUUCUCCGGCUUGGCGGCGGGCUUCGCCAUCGGCAUCGUGGGAGACGCCGGGGUGCGGGGCACCGCCCAACAGCCCCGACUCUUCGUCGGCAUGAUCCUGAUCCUCAUUUUCGCCGAGGUGUUGGGUCUCUACGGGCUCAUCGUCGCCAUUUUCCUUUACACCAAAAAUUAAACAACAUUAACAACAACAAAUUUAAUUAAUUAAUUAAUUAUUGUUUUCUCACUUUUUUUUGUCGGAGUUUCGAACGUUUUGUCAUCAUCAUCAUCAGUCAUCAACGUCAGGUUCUUUUCCCCAGUUAAAGUAUAAAAUACAUACACGAGCUCACGAUAUUUAUGGUCGUAUGAUAGGUGGGGUUCUGUCAUUAGGCCCCGCCCUAUCAUAUUGUAAAUAAGGUCAUUUUAUCAAGUCCCCUCAGAGGUAUACUUAUUAUAAUUAAUUAUUAUUGUAUAGUCUAUAGGUUUUUAGGUUACCUUUUUAUUAAGAAGAAGAACUACUUUAUUGAGUUCCCAACAAUAAUAAAAGUUAAAUAGCACAAUUUAUUUUAAACCCAUUUAGAGACAAUGAAGUAGAAGAAGAAGAGGAGGAGCUUUUUCUUUUGUUUUUUUUCUUUUGUUUAUUAUUCAUUCAUUCUACAUAUCAUCCGCUCACUUGAUGAUUGAUUGAAUAUUAUUCACUACUAUCGAUGAUGCGAGUAGAAUACCACCAUCUUCGUAAGAGUCGUGCGUGUUUCAGUAUUACAAUAAUAUAUUAUUAAGUUCUAUGAUUAUCGGUGUCUAAAAUUGUUGUAAAUAAUAAAAUAAUAAUAAUAGCAGCAGCAGCAUCAUCAUCAUCAUCAUCAUCAGAAGAAGAAGAAGAAGAAGAAGAAGAGGGUUUGGUGUCCAUAUAUGCAUAGUUGUUACUCGUGUUAGCUUCCUAAAUAAAUUACAUAAGUAGUUCAGGUAAAACUCUGUUGAAUAUUCGAGGAUGUUCAACAGUGUUUUGUUUUACUACUAACAUUAGUCAGAUGGUAUAAAAUAAUAUAUUUCCCGUUUUUAAUUUAGCCAAACUGUAAUGCUUUGAAGAGGAAGAUGCGAUAAGGAAACACGUCUGUCUUUUGUCUUUUUUUAUCGCAUCAAAAAAAAAAAAAAAAAGACAAAAGACGUUCGUUUGUUUAUUCGUUUGUUUGUUUGUUUGUUGUAGUAGAGCGCGUAAGUAAGACGUAGCGGGAUGGUCUCUGUUGUAAUGAAGGGAACAGCGAAAUUAUGUUGAAAAUAAAAUAAUUUGUACAUUCCAUUACAAUUUCUGUUUUAUCAAACGA